CUUUUUUUAUUGACUUUUCACCCCUUCUUACCUCCUUUCGCGGCUCCUCCGUCGCCGCUUUCAUUAGGCCCCGCCGAUAUUCGCCCCUCCGGAUUUCCUCCCUCAUUCGCCGUUGUCGCCCUUCGGGCUGCCAAAUCGACUCUUCCACAAGAGAGAGCUGCGGAAUACAUUAGCUAUGAAAAGGUUCUUGGAAGCAAGCAACAAGAGCAGGUAAGCCGGAUUAAGCAAUAUCAACUUUUAAAGAGUUAUGGAGGGUGUAAAAAGUGCGGCAGUUUAGAAGUGGAUGCUUAUAGCUUAUAUGAAAGAAAUAAGUUACGUUGGAAAAUAGAUAUUAGUUGGUGGUUAGAGAAUUACGGGAGUUUGUCAGUUAAUGCUAAUUGUGCGAAAAAGUGGUUAAAAGAUAAGGAGCAUUUAAGUAAUUGUGCUUGUUUAGAGCAAGAAGCCCAGGAAUUACAGCAAUUAUUUACUAGUUCUUUACGAGAAAUGGCCGAGAAAUUAAAAGAAUGUGCUUGUUUAAAAGUUUCGGAGAAAGUGCUUUGUUUAAAAUGUUUAGAUAAAUUGGGAGAAAAAAUGCCAAUUAGCAAGAAAUAUACUUUUAAUAA